GUAUGCCGACGGAUAGCGUUGGCGUGUCGGCCACUCCCCUUUAAGACAUCAUCAUCAUCAUCAUCAUCAUCUCAUCCCGUUGCUGCUGCUGCCCUUGUUAUUGAUGCUAUGGAGAAUAAAUCAAACGGAGGACAUACAAUCACUACAUUCUCCUUACAAACAUAUCGUUCAUCUUGAAAGCCGAAAUCAUAUUCAGACCGAAAGGGGAGAUUAAUCGAUCUGCUCUCGCGAUUGACAGAGAUUUUUUCAUUGUCCCGUGGGGAUAAAGAAAUUUAAGAUGAAUCGAAUAACAGGAAAGACUAAGGAAGCCACUCUGAUAGAAAUGUCUAACAAGUUGGAUUCUCAAAUUGAAGAUGGCUGUGCAGUUCUGACGGGUUACCGGAGGACCUUUCAGGCAGAUAAUAAUGGCAGCAUUAACUCCAUCUCUGACCGAGGAACACAGCUGCCUGGUCAUCAAGAGAUAGACAAGUUUGAGCAGAACUGGGACUCUGUGUACUUCAGGGAUGGUGUGCGACGCAUCGAUUUUGUCCUGUCCUAUGUUGAUGACAAGGAUGGAGACAAGAAAGCGGAGAGAAGAAAAGAAUUUGAAGCCAACCUGGAGAAGGCUGGUCUUGAGCUGGAGACUGAAGAUAAAUUGGAGUCUGAUGAUCGUAAGACAUAUUAUCUGAAGAUCCACGCUCCAUGGGAAGUGUUGGCCACCUAUGCUGAUGUGCUAAAGAUCAAAGUGCCCUUUAAAGAAAGUGACAUUCCCAAAGCACGAGACGUUCCGUUGGAGUGGCUCACUCAUCCUAUACGAUUACCAGAGCACAUCAUGAGGCCAGAGCCGGACUACUUCACUGCAACAUUUGACAAGAGCAAGGUUGACUUCUUCCUCAUUGAUAAUAAGGACACAUUUUUCCCUCCCUCCACCCGCAACAGGAUUGUGUACUACAUCCUCACCCGCUGCCCUUACUACAAGGAAGAACGUAUGGAGAAAGAUAAGACAGGAAUUAAGCGACUGCUAAGCAACAGCACAUACACCUCAGCCUAUCCCCUCCAUGACUGUCGGUAUUGGAAGAAGGCACAGGACAUGCAGUGUGAGAGUGAGCGGUUUCACCUGUAUAAAUACUGGGCUCGAUUCCUAUGCUUCUACAAGUGGCAGCCACUCAAUCUGAUCAAGAAGUACUAUGGUGAGAAGAUUGGUAUCUAUUUUGCCUGGCUGGGCUUUUACACAGAAAUGCUGUUUUUUGCUGCAGUCAUGGGGCUGAUCUGCUUUGUUUACGGUGUGCUCAGUUACGAUGACAACAUCACAAGUAAGGAGAUCUGUGACCCAGACAUUGGGGGGAAGAUUGUAAUGUGUCCACUCUGUGAUAAAAAGUGCAGCUACUGGAAGCUCAGUUCAACUUGUCUGUCCUCUUGGCAAUCUCAUCUAUUUGAUAAUGAGGGAACGGUGUUCUUUGCCGUGUUCAUGGGCAUUUGGGUGACCCUGUUCCUGGAGUUCUGGAAGCGGCGGCAGGCCCGUCUGGAGUAUGAGUGGGAUCUUGUGGACUUUGAAGAGGAACAGCAGCAGCUCCAGAUCAGACCAGAGUUUGAGUUGAAGUGCACAGACCGCAGACUCAACCGCAUCACGCAGGAAAUGGAGCCUUAUCUUCCUUUCCCCAGCAAGUGUGCUCGAUACUGCCUGUCUGGAGCAACUGUGCUGUUCUGGACAUUUCUGAUCGUGGCCUGUAUAAUGGGAGUAAUAGCAUACAGAUUAGCAGUUUAUGCAGCGUUUGCCAGUAUCAUGAAAGACAGCCCCACAAGUAAGAUCCAGCUGGUGGGCUCCCUUAUCACCCCUCAGCUUGCCACAUCUGUAACCGCUUCAUGCAUCAACUUUGUUAUUAUUCUCAUCCUCAACUUCCUCUAUGAAUAUGUGGCCAUUUGGAUCACUGAUAUGGAAAUCCCCAAGACCCAUUUGGAGUAUGAGAAUAAGCUGACUAUGAAGAUGUUCAUGUUCCAGUUUGUGAACUACUACUCUUCCUGUUUCUAUGUGGCCUUUUUUAAAGGGAAGUUUGUGGGUUAUCCAGGCAACUACAGUUACAUGUUUGGAAAGUGGAGCACUCUGAGAAAUGAAGAGUGUGCCCCAGGGGGUUGUCUGAUUGAGCUCAGCACGCAGCUCCUCAUCAUCAUGGCUGGAAAACAGAUGGUUGGGAAUGUCCAGGAGGCUCUGCUGCCACUUCUCAGAAACUGGUGGGGCAGCAGAAAAGGGCGGAGUCAUCCAGAAAGCACAUACAGUAGAUGGGAGCAGGACCACGAUCUGCAGAAUUUCAGCCAGUUUGGGCUCUUCUAUGAGUACCUUGAGAUGGUGAUUCAGUUUGGCUUCAUAACACUUUUUGUGGCCUCUUUUCCACUGGCCCCUCUUCUUGCCCUCUUUAACAACAUUCUGGAGAUAAGAGUUGAUGCUUGGAAGUUUACCACACAGUUCCAAAGGCCAGUGGCAGCAAAAGCACGCAACAUUGGUGCCUGGGAAGAGAUCCUUAAUGUGGUUGCCAUCUUGUCUGUGGUCACAAAUGCCUUCAUCGUGGCAUUCACAUCAGAUAUGAUUCCUCGCCUGGUAUAUCUGUACGCCUACCACCCUGGCAGAGAGGCCACUAUGAGAGGUUACAUUACCAACAGCCUGUCCAUGUACAACAUCUCUCAGAUCCAUGAUGAUAAUGUCCCUGAGCACGGAGAAAACCCCUCUUGGUUUAAUAUCACUACCAUCACAACAUGCCGUUAUCGGGACUACAGAUACCCACCUGGCCAUGAAAAGCAAUAUUGGCACACAAUGCAGUUCUGGCACAUCUUGGCUGCUAAAAUGGCCUUCAUCAUCACUAUGGAACACAUUGUAUUUGUAGUGAAGUUUUUUGUGGCUUGGCUGAUUCCAGACGUGCCGUCAGAAGUGAAGGCUCGUAUAAAACGGGAACGCUAUCUGGUUCAGGAAUACCUGCACAACUAUGAAGUGGAGAAACUCAAAAUGCAGCUCAGCCAGAGUUUCUGCCUGUCCACAGAAACGACCUCACUGCUGCCCUCUAGUCCAAAUAAACAUCAGGUGCUUUCUUAAUGUAUUUAAAUAUCCCUGAGCAUUCAGGACUACUAAAUAAACUGUACUCUGCAAUGGGAUAGCAUGGAGGACUCUAAUCCUUUGGACCCCUUCAUACAUUUUAUUGCAAAACAAAUCUGCCCUCAUUCUGACAACUGCAAAAGGAACUGCACUCGCCUCAUACGAAAUUAAACUACUCUGCAACUUGCUUUUUUUCUGUCUGAGUGAUCAGUACAGCUUAUUUUGUGUUUCUCUCAAUAUCUAUGCUUUACAUGAAUCUAGAGUGCACUUACAGUAUAUAAUGCCCUUUCAAAAACAAAGCUGUGCUCAGUUACUAAGCAUUAUAAUGGUGAAAGGCUUGGAGACAGACCUACAUUGUCAUUUCAGCAGCAAACCUUCUGGAAUGCAGCUCUUUUGUUUGUCCCAGGAGACAGUUUUGCUGUGAAGGCAGCUUGUAAAUAUUUAGAUAUGAAAAUGAAAAGACUUUUGAAAACUUUUUUUUGGAGGCAAUAUAGGUUUUACGUCUAUCCAGCUGCUUGCUGCCAUUAUAUUAUUUUUGUUUAGAAGUCAUUUGCACGUUUUGCCCUGUAUGUCUGACUGUGAAAGAGGCACUUGUAUGCAUGUCAUCUUGACUUUUUUGUUUAUUUUUCCUUCUUUUAAUCAUUAUUAUUUCAAUUUUUUGUGAGGGUGUUUAAGGAUUAGCGAUUAUUCUUUGUUAUCUCUCAAAGAGUUGAGAGAGACAUGUCUGCUUGCUCAUCUAACUAUACUGUACAACCAGACAUCAAACUGAUUCUUUGUACUGUGCCAAAGAAUAUCAAAUAAUGUCUCAGUUGAGAUUAUUUAUAUUUAUUUUUUUGAACGCGGAUGCGAUGAAAAAAUGCUGUUCCUUGUGUAAAGUUUUCCAUUUACUCAUUCUGUUCAGUGUAAUAUUGAUUAAUAUGAGGGUUUGUAAUAAUAUUUCUUUUAGGAUAUAUUUAUUGCUGCAGACUAAUCAUAUAGCUCAUUUGUUAUCUGGUCAGAAUUCAACAAGGAAGGAUUGUGCUAUUUUCACAAGAUUUAAAGGGAUAGUUAAGCCAAAAAUGAAAAUUAUUUUAUCAUUUACUCACCCUCAUUCCAUCCCAGAUGACUUUCUUUCUUCUGCAGAAAACAAACAAAGAUUUUAAGAACAGUAUCUUAGCUCUGUUGGUCUUUACAAUGUUGGUCCUAUCUCCUUUUUUAUUAUAAAUCUCCACGUUCACUUUCAGUCUUU